AAGUUUUUAAUAAUCUGAGAAUCCGAUCUUGGAAAUUAUUUUCAAAUUUUCAUUCAAAUAUAGUUUGAUUUCCUUAGAUUCUGACAAUAAUGUACAGUUGGUACAUAGAGUACAUACUCUUGAUUUUCAGCCAAUCACGACUCGACAACGCAAAGUUAUCUCAUCAGAAGCUUCGCUGUUCUGUUCAUGGAAAGACACGUCGUUUUUGAUUGAGGUUCUAUUCCGGUAAAACAGUCAUUGAUAGUAGUCUUCGGGUAAUUACGUUAGUUUUAUAAAGUUGAUUGAAUUAUUUCAAAUAAUGGAUCUAAAGAGACUUUUGUGCCUACUUUUUAGUUUAUUAUGUGUUGUGUUAGCCAAAGAAAGCGGCUAUGUUUUAGAAUUUACAGAUGAUGACUUUUCUACAAGAAUCCAAGAACAUGAAACAGUUCUUGUCAUGUUUUAUGCACCAUGGUGUGGUCAUUGCAAAAAAUUGAAGCCUGAAUAUGAGAAAGCUGCAUCGGAUGUGGUUGGCGAGGAUCCACCAAUCACUUUCGCCAAGGUUGACUGUACAGAAGGUGGAAAAGAAUCCUGCACAAAGUUUGGAGUUUCAGGAUACCCAACCUUGAAAAUAUUCAAGAACGGAGAAGUUGAUAAGGAUUACAAUGGACCUAGAGAUGCAGCGGGUAUCGUGAAAUACAUGAAGGCUCAGGUCGGUCCCAGUUCGAAGGACCUUCCCACUGUUGCGAGCGUCAAUGCCUUCUUAGAGAAGGGUGAGGUGGCCAUUGUUGGAUUCUUCGAAGCUGAUAGUGAUCUCAAGUCUGAAUUUCUGAAGGCUGCCGACAAACUGAAGGAGAAAGUACAGUUCGGGCACUCAACUGCCAAGGAAGUCCUCGACAAACAAGGCAAAACUGACGACAUCGUUCUGUACAGACCAAAGCAUCUACACAACAAAUUCGAGCCAGAUCUUGUUGUCUACGAUGGCAAAGCAGAUAAACUCUCAAUCGAAAAGUGGAUCAACGCAAACUACCAUGGUUUGGUUGGACACAGGCAGAGAGACAACGCACAAGAUUUCAACACACCUUUGAUUGUUGCUUACUACGCUGUUGAUUACUUGAAAAAUCCCAAAGGUACAAACUACUGGCGUAACAGAAUUCUGAAGGUAGCAAAGACCUUUGCAUCGAAGUUCAAUUUCGCUGUGAGCGCCAAGGAUGAAUUCCAACAUGAAUUGAACGAGUUUGGUUACGACUAUGUGCCAUCUGACAAGCCCCUUGUCUUUGCUAGGACACAGGACAACAAGAAGUACAACAUGAAAGGGGAAUUCAGUGUUGAAGCAUUCGAGGAGUUCUUGAACGAACUGGACGCCGGCAACUUGGAGCCAUACCUGAAGUCGGAGCCGAUCCCAGACGACAACAGUGGCCCAGUGACUGUGGCCGUCGGCAAGAACUUCGACGAAGUGGUCAUCAACAACAACAAGGACACACUCAUCGAGUUCUACGCACCCUGGUGCGGUCACUGCAAGAAGCUCGCUCCUGUCUACGAAGAACUGGGAGAAAAGAUGCAAGGUGAAGAUGUGGCAAUAGUGAAAUUGGAUGCGACCGCCAACGAUGUGCCGAGCACAUUCGACCUGCGAGGCUACCCGACCCUCUACUGGGUGCCCAAGGACUCCAAGUCCAGUCCCAUCAGAUACGAGGGUGGACGUGAGCUUGAUGACUUUGUCAAGUACAUUGCUAAGCAUGCUACAAAUGAACUCAAGGGCUACGACAGGAAAGGAAAAGCUAAGAAAGAGGAGCUUUAAGAAGCAGUAAGUUGAGCUGGUACUUGAAAAUAUUUCCAGUGAACUUCAUCUUGAUGGAUUUGCUCGUUCAAUCAUAAAUAUUGUCAACAAGGAUGUACUUGUGAUACUCGAAGACCUGAAGAUGAAAUUCGCAAUUGCUGUUGUUUAUGAUACAAUGUUAUAAUGUGAUAGAGUGAUCAGAACCUACUUUUAAGGUUUUAGUUCAGAGCAAAUUUACAUGAAUUUAUUAUCUAGUAUUCAAUUUGAAUGUGAGCUGUCAAGCUCAUCCAAUUGCCGUAACAAAUAAGAUAGUUUUUCACUGACUAAAUUUUAUGUUUUCCAUGUUUAUAUGAAUGUUUUGCAUGAUAAUAAAAUCAUUGCCUUAUUUCUGUUGGUUAAUAAUAAAGACUCAUUUUCUUCGCCUCUCAUCUUAUAGAUAAUAUAAAGUCUAUGCAUAAAACUAUAGCUAAGUGAAAUGUUGUUUGUAACUAAAGAAAAUUGACUACGGUAUCAAUUGGCGGGCCCAAGAUUCAUUUCAUAAUAGCGAAUAACAUACUCAUCAUAAUUAUUGAUGGACCCAAUUUCUUGGUUGAAAACUCUUCUUCCUUAGGUAUAAUAUCAAGGAAAAUUAACAUUCCGUUUUUAAUAUUAUGUUGUUGUUAAUCUUGAACAAUUUAGCUAGCCAUUGCGUUGAUCGAUCAAAGUCGUAGUUUUCUGCAGAUGAAUUUAGAGGAAAUGAUUCAAUUAAAAUUCACUUAGUUAAUGUUGAAAAUGAAUCCUCGCUUUGAUCAAUAUGAUAAACAAGUGUUGUACGUUUUCAGCGUUGUGUACUUUGUAUUUAAAAUGUCCAGACUGGAGUUUGGAAUAGUUCUAGUAAUUAUUGAGUUUUUAUGCAUGUAAAAAAUCUUCACAAACUGUAGGAUUUGAAAAUUAUCGGAGAACUUGUCUUUUUUUCUAUGUACACCUUUUUAGACUGAUAAACUUUGUAUAAAUAAAUUGAUUAAAAACG